UCUACGUCGACCCGUAGAGGAUCUCUGCCCGUGAUAGCGUAAGAGGCUGGACCCUCGUUGACUUCCCUUCUCGACGUCGAGGCGAAGGAGGAGCCAGGGCAUUUUGGAGUAGGAGGAGGAGCUUCUGGCCUGACGCCAUGGAGGGCUCCCCCACGGUCCUUCUUUCCCUUCUAGUGGCGGGAUUAGCAGUGCUCCCACUCCUGGUCAACGCCAGAUCCCCGACUCCGAACAUACACAUAUGUCACAGCCUGACCUGCCCUGGACAGGACGGCUUCUACGCGCACCCGACCUUCUGCACAGAUUACGUCCACUGCGUUGCCGGCGUCCCAUAUGUCAAGAGAUGCCCCUCCAACCUGAACUUCAAUGCGGUGAAAGGGGCGUGUGACCACCCGAGGGACGCCCCCUGCGCGCCCUUCAAGAAGUCAUGCGAGCUGACGAUCCCCUUCGUCCCAGGAGGCGUGACAGACGACCUCGUGACGUGUGACUGCGAAGGCCCCUGCAUCAAGCCGCACCCGUAUAACUGCGAUGCCUUUUACCACUGCGACGCUGCUGGAGUGGAGCACCUUACAGAGUGUCCCGGAGACUUGAUGUUCAACGCCAUGGUUGAACAAUGUGAUCUGCCGGAGAACACCAAAUGUGAACCUGCGCCCACCUGCUCCUGUGACAACUGCCGGUACCCUUCGUCUGAAAUGUGCUCUGUUUACUGGCAGUGUGAGGGUGGCCAAGCAGUGCAAUACUUCUGCAGUAGCGGCCUUCUCUUCAACCGUGACACCUCACAGUGCGAUCUGGCCAUCAAUGUAGAUUGCAGCGAAGGGGCCUGGGAGGAAGGUGCUUUCCUGGAAACGGCCUGCGUUGACCGACGCUUGGACUGUCCAAAGUUUGUUAAGAAUGGAGGGUGCCAGUGCAGUGGGAGUAACUGUGACUGGCAGUCAUUUGUUCUUAGGAACUGUCCAAAGUCCUGCGGCAGCUGCAAAGAAAACCAAAUUAUUAGCAAGAGAAAAUUUGCCUUAGAAGAAAAAGGACCUAGAAGAAAGUAUCAUGGAAGCAAAGAAUCUGGAAGCAAAGAAUCUGGAAGCAAAGAGUCUGGAAACAAAGAAUCUGGAAGCAAAGAGUCUGGAGGCAAAGAGUCUGCAAGUAAAGAGUCUGCAAGCAAAGAGUCUGGAGGCAAAGAGUCCGGAAACAAAGAAUCUGGAACCAAAGAGUCCGGAAACAAAGGAUCUGGAAGUAAUGAAUUCGGAAGCAAAGAGUCCGGAAAUAAAGAAUCUGCAAGCAAAGAGUCCGGAAGCAAAGAGUCCGCAAGCAAAGAGUCAGGAAGCAAAGAGUCAGGAAGCAAAGAGUCUGCAAGUAAAGAGUCUGCAAGCAAAGAGUCUGCAAGCAAAGGUCAGGAAGCAAAGAGUCUGGAAGCAAAGAGUCAGGAAGCAAAGAGUGCAAGCAAAGAGUCAGGAAGCAAAGAGUCUGCAAGCAAAGAGUCUGGAAGCAAAGAGUCAGGUAGCAAAGAGUCUGCAAGCAAAGAGUCUGCAAGCAAAGAGUCAGGAAGCAAAGAGUCUGCAAGCAAAGAGUCAAGAAGCAAAGAAUCUGGAAGCAAAGAGUCUGCAAGCAAAGAGUCAAGAAGCAAAGAGUCUGGAAGCAAAGAGUCAGGAAGUAAAGAGUCUGCAAGCAAAGAGUCAGGAAGCAAAGAGUCUGCAAGCAAAGAGUCUGCAAGCAAAGAGUCUGCAAGUAAAGAGUCUGCAAGCAAAGAGUCAGGAAGCAAAGAGUCUGCAAGCAAAGAGUCUGCAAGCAAAGAAUCUGGAGACGGAGGUGGAGACGAUGGUAACGGAGGUGGAGACGAUGGUAACGGAGGUGGAGACGGGGACGGAGGAAACGGAGGUGGAGGUGGAGACGGUGGAAACGGAGGUGGAGGUGGAGACGGCGGUAAUGGAGGAAAUGGUGGAAGCAUCGACGGCUGCGUCAUUGAUUGCUCCCUCGGAAAGUAUCUGCCACAUCCAAGUGACUGCCGCAAGUUCAUCCAGUGUGCCCCGUAUGGUCCUGAAGAGAUGCCUUGUGCUCCUGGAACGGUCUGGAACCAACAGAAACUCACCUGUGAUCACGAAUGGGCUUCUCCGUGUGUGACAGGCAGCUACUUGACUCCGGAAGGUCUGCCAUGUGGAGGAGCUAGUAACGUGAAUGAGGGUGGAAGCGGUGGAAACGGAGAUGGAGGUGGUGACAUCUGUCAGGAUGAAAUGAGUGCCUGUAGAUUCUGGGCUGCCAAUAAUGACUGUUACUGCAAGCCAACCGAUGGGGAUUGUUCAUGGCAAGAAUAUGUUGCCAAGACAUGUCCCAAGAGUUGUGGAACAUGUAAUGAAGGUAAUGGCGGAAAUGGAGGGGGAGACGGUGGAAAUGGAGGUGGAGACGGUGGAAACGGAGGUGGAGACGGUGGAAACGGAGGUGGAGACGGUGGAAACGGAGAUGGAGACGGCGGGAACGGAGGUGGAGGUGGAAACGGAAGUGGAGACGGCGGAAACGGAGAUGGAGACGGUGGAAACGGAGGUGGUGACGGGGACGGCGGAAACGGAGGUGGAGGUGGAGACGGCGGAAACGGAGGUGGUGACGGAGAUGGAGGAAACGGAGGUGGAGGUGGAGACGGCGGGAACGGAGGUGGCGGUGGAGACGGCGGUAAUGGAGGAAAUGGUGGAAGCAUCGACGGCUGCGUCAUUGAUUGCUCCCUCGGAAAGUAUCUGCCACAUCCAAGUGACUGCCGCAAGUUCAUCCAGUGUGCCCCGUAUGGUCCUGAAGAGAUGCCUUGUGCUCCUGGAACGGUCUGGAACCAACAGAAACUCACCUGUGAUCACGAAUGGGCUUCUCCGUGUGUGACAGGCAGCUACUUGACUCCAGAAGGUCUGCCAUGUGGAGGAGGUAGUGGUGGAAAUGGAGGUGGAGGUGGAGACGGCGGAAACGGAGGUGGUGGCGGAGACGGCGGAAACGGAGGUGGCGGUGGAGACGGCGGUAAUGGAGGAAAUGGUGGAAGCAUCGACGGCUGCGUCAUUGAUUGCUCCCUCGGAAAGUAUCUGCCACAUCCAAGUGACUGCCGCAAGUUCAUCCAGUGUGCCCCGUAUGGUCCUGAAGAGAUGCCUUGUGCUCCUGGAACGGUCUGGAACCAACAGAAACUCACCUGUGAUCACGAAUGGGCUUCUCCGUGUGUGACAGGCAGCUACUUGACUCCGGAAGGUCUGCCAUGUGGAGGAGCUAGUAACGUGAAUGAGGGUGGAAGCGGUGGAAACGGAGAUGGAGGUGGUGACAUCUGUCAGGAUGAAAUGAGUGCCUGUAGAUUCUGGGCUGCCAAUAAUGACUGUUACUGCAAGCCAACCGAUGGGGAUUGUUCAUGGCAAGAAUAUGUUGCCAAGACAUGUCCCAAGAGUUGUGGAACAUGUAAUGAAGGUAAUGGCGGAAAUGGAGGGGGAGACGGUGGAAAUGGAGGUGGAGACGGUGGAAACGGAGGUGGAGACGGUGGAAACGAAGGUGGAGACGGCGGGAACGGAGGUGGAGGUGGAAACGGAAGUGGAGACGGCGGAAACGGAGAUGGAGACGGUGGAAACGGAGGUGGUGACGGGACGGCGGAAACGGAGGUGGAGGUGGAGACGGUGGAAACGGAGGUGGGUGGAGACGGCGGUAAUGGAGGAAAUGGUGGAAGCAUCGACGGCUGCAUCAUUGAUUGCUCCCUCGGAAAGUAUCUGCCACAUCCAAGUGACUGCCGCAAGUUCAUCCAGUGUGCCCCGUAUGGUCCUGAAGAGAUGCCUUGUGCUCCUGGAACGGUCUGGAACCAACAGAAACUCACCUGUGAUCACGAAUGGGCUUCUCCGUGUGUGACAGGCAGCUACUUGACUCCGGAAGGUCUGCCAUGUGGAGGAGCUAGUAACGUGAAUGAGGGUGGAAGCGGUGGAAACGGAGAUGGAGGUGGUGACAUCUGUCAGGAUGAAAUGAGUGCCUGUAGAUUCUGGGCUGCCAAUAAUGACUGUUACUGCAAGCCAACCGAUGGGGAUUGUUCAUGGCAAGAAUAUGUUGCCAAGACAUGUCCCAAGAGUUGUGGAACAUGUAAUGAAGGUAAUGGCGGAAAUGGAGGGGGAGACGGUGGAAACGGAGGUGGAGACAGUGGAAACGGAGGUGGAGACGGUGGAAACGAAGGUGGAGACGGCGGGAACGGAGGUGGAGGUGGAAACGGAAGUGGAGACGGCGGAAACGGAGAUGGAGACGGUGGAAACGGAGGCGUUGAUGGAGACGGCGGAAACGAAGGUGGUGAUGAAGGUGAAGAAUGUCCAUUUUCAUGCCCAGAAAAGGAGGGUCUUUUCUCUCAUCCUCGGGAUUGUAAGAAAUGGAUUCACUGUUCUCACAGUAUACCAUUUGUCAAGAAGUGUCCCCUCCAUCUUCAUUUCAAUCCCGUCAAACGAGUGUGUGACUGGCCGUUUAAUGCCCAGUGUAUCGCUACUCCUGAUGCUGACUGCCAGAUUCCAGAGUCUGUGCUUCCCACACAGCCCCCUGAUAUGAAGCCUGACAUUUGUGACUGUGAGUGCUGCCUCAGACCUCAUCCCGAGGAUUGCACAGCCUACUAUUACUGUGAGCCAAAUGCAAGCGCCGUAUUCCACACCUGUUCCGAAGGGCUUGUGUUCAACCCACAGUUGAGUCAAUGUGUUCUUCAAGUAGAUUACCCACAGUGUCAACCUGAGAGACACCCAACUUGCGAUCCUACGUGCGAAUGUCUGUAUCCUGCUCAAAGCUGCUCAGAAUACUACAUUUGUAAUGGUGAUGGCAUUCCUGUUAAAUAUGAAUGUAUGGGAGGGCUUUACUUCAAUGACCAGAAACACACGUGUGACCUCCCUGAAAAUGUUUCCUGUGAGGAAAGGGGUAAAAGAAAUGAAAUAGACCCUACGACAGAACAACACUACAUCUUACCGGAAGAGUGUAAGGAUCUGCAAGGAAUGUAUGCCAUUAAGGACACACCAAGUUCGUAUUACCUUUGCAAUCACGGCGUAGCCUUUGAAAUGCGAUGUCCAGAUGGUGGGGUGUUCUCAAGCAAAGCAAAGAAAUGCAUCUUAAGGAAGUAAAUAGUAGGCUACAUACACACAAAAAGAAACAAACAAACUACAUAAAGGUUACUGACAGAUUACAGUUCUUUUCAAACCUGUA